AUUUUUGUCAACAUUUGAAUAUCAUAUCCACGUGCAUCGCAUAUUUCAAAACAAAAUAGUCUUAUCAUUUAGUUUAGCGAAUAUUUGUGAAAUUUAGACAACUCUUAACUUAUUGAUAAUUAGGAAAAUAAUUACAAAGAUGGCAAGAAGACCUGAACAUGCGGCUCCCCCUGAGAUCUUCUACAAUGAUGAUGAAGCUAAAAAAUACUCUACUAACACGAGGAUAAUAGAAAUUCAAAUUGAGAUGGCGGAGAGAGCUGUUGAAUUACUUACUCUAAAUGAAGAUGAACAGUGCCUUAUAUUGGAUAUUGGUUGUGGCUCUGGUCUAUCGGGAAGUGUGUUAGAGGACAAUGAACACAUUUGGGUUGGUGUUGACAUAUCUAAAGCAAUGUUAGACAUAGCUGUUGAUCGUGAUGUAGCCGGAGAUCUUGUGCUGGCAGAUAUGGGAGACGGUAUGCCUUUCAGACCGGGAACCUUUGAUGGAGCCAUUUCGAUAUCUGCAUUGCAAUGGUUGUGUAAUGCUGAUAAAAGUACACACAACCCCCAUAAACGGUUGUAUAAAUUCUUUUCAACUUUAUUCUCCUGUUUGACACGUACAGCGCGAGCUGUAUUUCAAUUUUACCCGGAAAAUGCAGAUCAAAUUGAAAUGGUCACCUCACAAGCCAUGAAAGCAGGAUUCUAUGGUGGCUUAGUGGUUGAUUAUCCCAAUUCCACAAAAGCAAAAAAGUAUUUUCUUGUAUUGAUGACGGGUGGCACUGCACCGAUGCCAAAAGCGUUAGGAUCGGAAGAAGAAGAGAAACGAAUAAAUUAUAUUAAAAAGCGUGAUAUGUGUCGAGAGGCUCGAGGUAAACCGAUGAAAAAAUCAAGGGAGUGGAUAUUGGCUAAGAAGGAACGUAGGCGGCGUCAAGGACGUGACACUCGACCAGAUACAAAAUAUACGGGACGAAAACGUAGUGGAAAAUUUUAGUUUGAACAAUUAAAACAAACUAUCAUUUAUCUUAAAAUUCGUCUAACUUAGCAAACCCUUUCUUUACAAUUCUUCAUUUAUUAUAAUAAAAAUAAUAAAAAAAUUAA